AAUGAUAGCAUUCAUAUCGAUCCAUACAAUAGUUUUAUAUUUAAUACUAGUUUGAAUGGGAGUAAUGCGGGAAAAGUCAUGAUUUAUAAUCAAAUGAAUAAAAGUCAUAAAUUCUUUGAUUUUCGAAAUAUGAAUUACGAAGAAUGUGAUGACUGUUCAGUUCCAACAUUUAUUGAAGACUUGAAAAACAUGAAUAAUUCAGAUAUGAUUAUCAAUGGUAUGACUGACUUCAAUGAUAUCAGACAAUAUCUAUUGGUAUUCAAUGUGUCGGGAAAACCAAAAUUCUGUACAAUUGAUGGCAAACAACAAUUAAAUACUUCGUGCUCCGAAAGUAAUCUCCAGUCCAUUGCUUCUCAUUGUUUUGAUAGCAAUGAAGACAACACUACGACUACACCGGACAACACUAACAUUAUUCUUGCUUUGAGUUUGAUUUUGAUGAUUGUUAUCAUAUUUGGAGUCAUUAUUAUUACAAUUAUUUCCUUAUAUAUAUACAAUCGAUGGUUUAAAACCCCAAAACCUCAAGAGAAAAAUCUAAAACGAAUUGAGUCGACAUCAAACAGUAAUAUGAUUGGACGUAUUGACUCAAAUCUUCAGUGGAAUAUGAAAGUGUCUUCAAUGACCACAUCUGAUCCCAAUAGCAUCUCAAGUCAACCAAAGACAACAAAGUCAUCGGUUCCCGAACUUAAACGUCGUUCGACUAGUGUUUAACUUAUCGUCAAUUUCUUUA